UAUGUUAAUGUUCAACCAUCUCAAGUCUUGUUUUGCCUUUGACACUGUAACAUAACGUCUGUUACCGCGUUUGCACCGACAGGUGGCAGCAGCGGUUCAACAUGAACACGGAAGAAGAAAGAGAGGAAGAGCUGUGGCGGGUUGUUUGGUUGUUUGCUAACUGCUAACUGCUUCCCCUUCAUCCCUGACCGACGCUUUCUCGCAGCAGUGGAAAAAGGCGAUGGAGUCAACGGAGAGCAGGUUCGCUCACCUGCUGCAGCCGAUCAGAGAACUCGCCAAGAACUGGGACGUCGAUGUGGCGUCCGAGUUAAACGACUACUUGGAAGAAUUGGAUGAAAUGUGCAUCGAGUUCGACGGAGGAAGAAUCCAGCUGAACUUUGCUGAGGCAGCUCUUCUGGUCCAAGGCUCCACUUGCAUCUAUAGCAAGAAGGUGGAGCUGCUGCACACCCUCGUCUACCAAACUCUGGAGUACAUCAACAACAAGAACAAGAAUCUAGAACGUAACAAGCAGUCGUCAGAGUCUCAGAAUGUCGACUCAGCCGUCAGUCAGAGCGAUGCCGAUGAUAUAGAUGUGUUUACUGUCAUGGAUGCCGAGGCCUCUGCGUACUCACUGAAACCUGAAGGCAAAACGGCAGUGGAGGUGGUUCGUCUUCCUCCUGACGCUCUAGUUACUCCUGGAUCUUUUGAGAAAAACAAAUUUCCUAUGAUCAGUCUGAAAGGUGAGGUCUUCUGCAGUCUGAAGGAUUUUAAGAUGAACCUCUUCUUCCCUGGAGACAAAGGUCAGAUCUUCCUCACAUACGGAUCCAGGAACCAGGACUCGCAUCUUGAUCACGUUCUGAAUCUGGAUCAGGAUCUGGAUCAUCAUCAACAGGAAGAACAAGGUGUUUUGGCUCCGCCCACAGGAGACGCCACAGUGGGCGUGGCCAUCGUGGAAGACUGCGGACACGAGGACGACUUUGUCCCUUUAAACGACGUCAUGGACGUGGACCAGGAAGCUGAGGAACACGUGGAGCGGCAACAGGCUCAAAGUGACGGACGAAUGAUCCGAGAAAGACGUCAAGUACAGACAGACAAACGGAGAGAAGAGACGCAGCCCGCUGUGAACGUGUGGGCGCUUCAUGACCCGUACGUUUGUUUCGGGGAGGAGAAACCGCUAAAAACAGGAAAAUCUUACAAAGUUCCCAACGGCCUGGACGACAGAGGGAAGAGGAAACGGAAACAAGCGCCUGCGCUGCAGGACUUCAGGAGCUGGUUCACAGGAACCUUCGAUCCUCCAGAACACAAACUGAGACAUGGACCCACGUUCACAGACCUGAACUACAUAUUCCUGAACACAAUAAAAGAGAAACUGAGGAGUCAGAGGAGGAUCUUCAGGAGAACAGGCGUCAUGGUCUCCGACGAGGAGCUGAAGAAGACUUUGCUGCAGCCCGAGGAGGAGGGGGCGGAGCCUGUGGACGAAUUCAGACAUGCUGACCUGUUGUUGGGCGGAGGCGACAACGACGACAACUCGGACAGUGAACAGGGGGCGUUUCCUGACGACUUCCCAGCUGAGUUUGGAGGAGGAGACGACAUCUCGCCAGAUGCUAACAAUGAAGACCUGAGUUAUGAAGACCUGGUGAGGCUACGGAUUGAGCAGCUGGUGGUGAACUGUCAAGGUUACACUCAGGAGACGGAGCUGUCCCGCAGAGUCAAAGAAUGGGAGGACAUGAUCCGUCCUGAGCUGGCUAUGCAGGAGGAACGUCCAAUUUUUGACAUCCAUGAUUAUGGAGACAGAAUCGUUGCAGCGCUGGGCAGCGUGGGAAGUCGCCAAGAGUUCUCGUCCAUCGUUCACGGGCUGGACAACUUUGAGGCCUGUAAAUACAUGCUGGCUUCACUGCAGCUGGCGAACGACAACACGGUGGACGUGGACAGUGCAGAGGGUCUGGAGGACAGCUUGGACUCCAUGGGACUGACGCUGCUCAGUCUCCACAGAGCGGCGGACAGAUUCAACCAGGAUGAGUUUGGCGUGACAACAGCGUGAGUGAUGAGACACGGGUCAGAGACGCGUCCCUCUUCAUCACAUGUGGACACAAAGCGUCUUCCUCUGUGUAUUUGAUCAUGUCUGUCCCUGUGUAAUAUGUUGGUGUGACUAUAUAAAAAUGUUUGAAAACCAA